GCCCCGUCUGGGCACCUGAAAUCCCUCAGGGCGGAGGAGGGCGGGGACGCCAAGCAUCUCGGGGACGCGGAGCGUGGAGGCCGUACAGCUGUUCUGGCCUGUGGAGUAGGUUGGUCUCAAACUCCCCGUGAACACGAAUACAAGAAACUGAGUAAGUUGGAGAAGAUAAAGUAUAUUCAGUCGCUAAUCCAGAAGAUCAGCAGCAAAGUAGGAAAUGCACAAUUUUGAGGACGAGUUAACAUGUCCCAUUUGUUACAGUAUUUUUGAAGAUCCUCGUGUACUACCAUGCUCUCAUACAUUUUGUAGAAAUUGCUUGGAAAACGUUCUUCAGGCAUCUGGGAACUUUUAUAUAUGGAGACCUUUACGAAUUCCACUCAAGUGCCCCAAUUGCAGAAGUAUUAUUGAAAUUGCUCCAACUGGUAUUGAAUCUUUACCUGUUAAUUUUGCAUUAAGGGCUAUUAUUGAAAAGUAUCAGCAAGAAGACCAUCCAGAUAUUGUCACCUGUCCUGAACAUUACAGACAACCAUUAAAUGUUUACUGUCUCCUAGAUAAAAAACUAGUUUGUGGUCAUUGCCUUACCAUAGGUCAACAUCAUGGUCAUCCCAUUGAUGAUCUUCAAAGUGCUUAUCUGAAAGAAAAGGACACGCCUCAGAAACUACUUGAACAGUUAACCGACACACACUGGACAGAUCUUACUCAACUUAUCGAAAAGCUGGAAGAACAGAAAUCUCAUUCAGAAAAAAUGGUCCAAAGUGAUAAGGAAGUUGUUCUCCAGUAUUUUAAGGAGCUUAGUGAUGUAUUAGAACAGAAAAAAAAAUUUUUCCUAGCUGCUCUCUGUGAUGUUAGCAAUCUGAUUAAUCAAGAAUAUACUCCACAAAUUGAAAGAAUGAAAGAAAUAAGAGAGCAGCAACUUGAAUUGAUGACACUGACAGCAUCUUUACAGGAGGAGUCUCCACUUAAAUUUCUUGAAAAAGUUGAUGAUAUCCGCCAACAUGUGCAGAUUUUGAAACAAAGACCACUUCCUGAGGUCCAACCUGUUGAAAUUUAUCCUCGAGUAAGCCAAAUAUUGAAAGAAGAUUGGAGCAGAACAGAAAUUGGACAAAUUAAGAAACUUCUCAUUCCUGAAAUGAAAAUUUCUUCAAAGAGGAUGCCAUGUUCCUGGCCUGAUAAAGAUGAGAAAGAAGUUGAAUUUUUUAAGAUUUUAAACAUUGUUAUAGUUACUUUAAUUUCAGUGAUCCUGAUGUUGAUCCUCUUUUUUAACCAACACAUAAUAACCUUCUUAAAUGAAAUCACUUCAAUAUGUUUUUCUGAAGUUUCUUUAUCUGUUUACCAAAGUUUAUCUAACAAUCUGCAUGAUUUAAAGAAUAUGCUAUGUCACACUUUAUAUUUACUGAAGGAAUUCAUGUGGAAAAUAGUUUCUCAUUGAAAAUUCAAAUCUGAAUUGUUUAAGUAGGCUUAUUCUGUAGAGCCGACUAAUAGCCAUUGCUAAAGGGAGAUAUAGGGUAGGAUGGACAAAUAACAAAGUAAACUAUCAGAUUUACAGCAAAUAUAGAAAUAUGUUAAACCAUCCAUGCUGCUUAGCUAGAAAUUUGUCAGAAAUGAUACAUAAGGUGUCUUAACCAGAAUAUCUAGUUUACUUGAUUUAAUAUAUUAUCCCAUUUUAUUUGCUUGAGGUUGGUAUUAUUGUUGUGGCACUGAAAUACUCCUGUAUCAAUACUGUCUUUUAGCUUUUUUUUUGUCUUUUAGCAUUCUGUUACUGCAGUGGAUAGUGUUGCAGUUAUGUAAAAAUAGUUUUUAGAUAAAAAAAUCCUUAAAGUGUAAAGGCCUUUAUUUUGAUGUGGCUUAAAGCCUUUGGCCAAAUAAAGAUGUUGAGUAGAGGUAUUAAAUUCAAGUAGCAAAGUCUAAUUGAUAAGGGAUUGUUUACAUUAAGGAUAUUUUUGAUCAAAUAUAUCUGAUUACCUGAUAACAUUAAUGUAUUUUAAGAUAGACUUAAGAGCCCUAGAAUGUUUAUCAACCUUCAUUCCUGACAAAGCUAUGGCUUUUGGAAAUACAUUGUUAGGGAACAAGCAGUGAACUUUUUCAAAUAAUGGUUCUAUUUUAUUCUGUGGUUUGUGUAAAUUUAACGUUUUGGUUAGUGCUUUAGUCUUGCCAGUCAAAUCUGUUCUUGGAUAAAAACUCAAAACGUUACUAGCAUUGUAUAUUGUUGAUAACUUCCAUCAUUAGAUUUAGGUGGCAUCAUGCUAACUCUUAUUUGUCUUAAAAAAUGGUCUUUUUGUGCUAUUUGCUAAUGCUAUUAUCAAAGUACCAAUAAUUUAACUUUCUUAAAUUUUGCUUAAAUGGGAGCCUGUGUGGCUAUUUAGUCAAAUCCCUUUGAUUAGUUCCCUUAUUGUUAAUAGGGACUGGAAUUGUGGUGCUUGUGGUAGGACUUCUGGCUUGCCCCUUUUGUUCAUGAAAAUGUUAAGUAAAAGAUCAUUUUCCAGAAAUUCCAAAUUGGCUGUUGCUCUUAGAUCCAUUCCCUAGGAGCCCUAUGUAGUUCAGACUUUCAGGUCAUUUUGGGGAAUGCUCCUGGUCCUAUACUACAUAUAAAUUAUGAGUUAAUAUGGCUGUAGUUCUAAAAUGUUCCUAAUGUCUUAUCUGCUGAGAAUAUCAACACAAAGAUGGCUGGCUGUAUUAAGUCAAAUACAUGACCAGAAUCAGAAUAUAUAUAUAGCACAAUUAACAAUCACAGAGGCAAAGAACACUUGGAGGUUAUUAAUGGUGGUGGUGGUGAGCUAAAUAUUAAGGUAUUAAAAUAUAAAUACAACACAGUAACUUAGAUUGAAGUUGGUUGGUCACAAUACAAAAAUGCCUCUUUUUUUGAAUACACAUAUUAGUAAGCAUUGAAAUUUCUAGCUGUUUGUGUCAAGCACUUCAUGUCAGGUUUCUGAAGUAGGUAUUAUCUUCUUUUUGUAGAUAAGGAAACAAUGAGAAGCAAGCGGUUUGCCUAAGGCCAUACAGCCAGCAUAAGGGACAGUAUAUUUUUAGUGUUUCUGCUGUUAUGCUACCAAAACCUUGAGCCAAGAUUUUUAUUCAAUUAGGACUAAUUUAUGUCUAAGAAUCUAUUUAUAUAGCUAAAGAUUGGGACCAUAUACUUAUUAUUAACACAUUUUAGGUUUGACAUUGUUAAGUUGCCAGUUCUUAGACAAAACUGAAUUUUAUGUAGUGUGUAUGAAUAUAGUCAAGAAUACAAAUUAUUGAUUCUUAAUACAUGCUUUUCUGUUUUAUAAUUCUUAUCAAGAGAAUGAAACUGUAAAACUUAAAGUAUAUAAUCUCAAUAUUUCUAAGUUUUAUGUAUAACAAAAUAUAUUUUAAUAAACUUAUUUUGCUAUUUUA